CGUCAGUGUGGUGUCGUGUUACACAUCGGACCCGAUGCGAAAGGGCCGGUGCUUCGCGUUAUUUAUUUACUCUUAGGAAUGAGACCCUUGUGUACAGGGGUGAAGUGAAUGCGUGCUUUCAUUACUACUUCGGUGCAGGCGCUUUGAGUUUUAAUAAUGGAAAUGAAAGAUUCCGGCAGCGUUAUAUUGACAGCUUAUCAUUCGUAUUCUCCGCCAAGGAUACAGUUGGUGGAGGACGGUUUUGCACAACCUCUCUUUCCCGUACACUCUCCUUUAAAUAGGAAAGUGCGUUACCAGGGGUCAAAGAGGAUGUCCUCUCCAGAGGCGCCAUGCCCGCCCCCGGCGGACUGCUCGUGGGAGGCUCACAAGUCCUUGGACCGCAGCUCCAUGGAAGACUACUGGAGUGAGAUGAAGAGCAUUGAAGAGGAUGGACACGGCGUGCCGGAGGAGCCGCUGGAGAGGAGCAGCAGCGACGAGGCGGAGCUUGAGGAGGCGUGGCUUCAGGAGGCGGGACUCUCCACCCUUAUGUCCGGGGGGCCCGGGGACGGCCCCGCCGAGGCCCUCCUCUCAACCCUCACGCGGAAGCAGGGGGCUCUGGUCAGGAAGCGCCUGGACAACUACACCCAGACCCUGCGCAAGAGGAACAAGCAGCCAAUCAGACACGUCCGCGACGUCUUCUCCACCCCCGACCCCGGUUUUUCUCAGGAACAGGUCGUCCCCAUCUCCCCGAAUGCUCACAUCCGUCCUAAGAUGCCCCUCUGGAAGCCAGUGGAAGGAGAUUGCCGAAAACCUGACUGCGGCCCAUUACGGGAGACGCUGCCAUUUGAGGUGCCCUACUCAGAGGGAGUCACCUGCCACAGGAAAGGCAGAGACUGCCACGACUGCCACAGGAUCAGGAGAGAUGACCUGACAACAUUUCAGCCCCCACAGCCAAGACUGGGACUGACAAGAGUGCGAGACCUGUCAUCAGAAGACAUGAAGAAGAUCGCGUACUUCUCUCUUAUUGAGCUCAGCACGUUUUAUGACUCCCUGGGGAUUGAGCUGAAACGGAACCGGUCGACACGCAACAAGGGCCGAGAUACCGGCGUCUUCGGAGUUCCCCUCACUACACUACUGGAAAAUGACCGGAAGAUGUAUCCCGGUUGCAAAGUCCCUGUCGUCUUCAGAAGGCUGUUGUCUAAAUUGGAGCAGACGGGACUGCAAGCAGAGGGCAUUCUGAGAGUGCCUGGCUCGGCUGCAAGGGUCAAGCACCUCCGGCAGGAGCUGGACUCCAGAUUCUACGAGCGGCGGUUUGACUGGGAGCAGGUCCGACACAACGACGCGGCCGGCCUGCUCAAGAUGUUCAUCCGAGAGCUGCCCUGCCCCCUGCUGACCCAGCAGCACCUCCCGGCCUUCACUGCUGUGCAGAAUAUCUUCCCGUCCAGACAUCAGAUCCAGGCCCUGCACCUGCUCAUCAUGCUGCUACCGGAGCCCAACAGGGACACCCUGAAGGCUCUGCUGGAGUUCCUCAGGAAGGUGGUGGCCAACGAAGAGAAGAACCGCAUGAGCCUGUCGAACGUCUCCAUGAUCGUGGCGCCGAACCUCUUCAUCUCCCGUGGCAAGAGUGCCAAGCUGGAGGACAUGGAGGGGGCCGCGGGCACAGCCCACCUGGUUCGCCUCCUCAUCACCCAACAGGACCUGCUGUGGACGGUCCCCUGCUUUCUGAUCUCCAAUGUGAGGAAGAUGAACGAGGCAUCCACGAGCAAGAAGACCCCCACCUCUGAGAAGACCAAGAGAAAACUGCUGCGGAGGUGGAACACCGAGCGUGACAAAGCGGAGAAAAGUGAGGUCUCUGACCUUCGUGAUGGGGUCAUUCGAGUCCAUGCACCCCUGCAUGCAAAAGUCUCCAUGGCGAUCCAGCUGGAGAGUGAGACGAAAGCCAAGCAUGUCAUGGCUCACUUCGACUGUGAUAGGAGAACUUCUCGCAGUUCCAGCAGAAGACAGCGGCCAUAUAUGUUUGAGGUUGGAGGAAACAUAGGUGAGCGCUGCUUGGAUCCCGAGACAUAUCUUUUAGAAUUAUACCGCCUGAAUCCCACCUGUGAAUGGAUCGUCAAACCAAGAAUAACCUAGUGCACACUGGGAGAGGAAAAAAAACUGACCGUGUAAUAAACAUCAACAAAACUUACACUGCCAGCUGUUGCCCCCUGCUGGUCAUCUCUGAAAUGUGCAUGCUGAAUCCAGGAGGAUCAAAUGUGAGGAUUUAGAGGCCAUUACCUUUUUGUGCAAAAUCAGCGAACAAGUUUGAUGCUGCUUUGUGAAGAAGAAUGAACUUACUGCCGAGUUGGAAUGCAUUAUUUUAUAAUCCUGCUCUGUGGAGAAACUGAAGUACAAACAGAGGGAGGCUAUGGGAAUUUCCUUUAAAAAGGAAGUAUUUUCAUAAUGGACUUUAAACUGAGAAAUUGUUCAUGUUUGGGGCCAGCUGAAUACAGUACCCGCCAUCAAGACUGGUUAAUGCCAAGGACUGCGAAAGCAAUUCUCUGCCAAUGGCAGCCAUCACUCAAACUGGGUUCACCUUCAAAAAGUUAUUCUGCCUAGCUUCUACCACUCAAGGUGCAACCAAAGUGUAAAAAUCUGUACAUAUUUAGUAAUAUUUAUACCUACAUAUAAUUUAUCCUAGCUUUUGUAUGAUUAUAUGCUUUAUAAAUGCCUGUGUCUGUCCAUUGCUGUAUUAUAAACAUGCUUCAUCGUAAAGCCAGUUUGACUGUUACCAAAGCGACCCCCUUAUGCUGCAUUCAGCGUGGAACGUGUCUGCUUGUGUCCUUGAUAUCACUGGCAGAGAUGGCGGUACUGUAGUAUCAUCACAAUCCUGAGAGGAAUACUCUGGAGAUUUCUCUUUGCCCACACUGUAUUGCGCUCCUCUAUAGCUGAUCUAAGGCCUGCAUGCUGAAAUGGGUCGGGUGUGAAGAUGUUGAGACACCCAGCCGUAAACCUCAAAGUACCGGGAUACAGACCUUUGUCCAGUCCGGUUGACAGAAUUUGCGUAAGGGACACGUAAGAUUUUCACAGCUGCCACAGUGGGAGUGAGGGUCCCAUAUUGUGGCGGUUUGGUACCCAAUAACCAUUUACAAUGUGUUAAGAAUGACACCAAAUAAGCUGAGUAUCCGUAACCUGAAGUGGAAGUGUAUCUCAGCUGUCGGCUAUGUUGCUGGAAGCAGCCUUGAGUGGAAAGGUUGUGCUCGAUCACAGCGUUAACAGUGUUUGAACUUGCGAUAUUUGAGAGGCUCGUCGAAUCGGCGUGCAACAUCCUCCGUGUUGGUGCAUGCUUAUCUAUGGUAUGCGCACUCUGCCUCUAGUUAAAUUAACAGAACAACUUGCUGACUACAUGGCUCAGGGAAUGUACUGUUCCUUCCUCAAAAGCUUUCCAACAAAAAGGCGUCCAUGUUGUAGGUCAUGCUGUGUGUAUUUUCUCCAUGUUUACUACACUGCUGUAUGCUUGUCUUACACUUUAAAACUCUGUUAUUUUAUAUUAGUUGUUGCAGCCAUUAUGUCAUUUCUUUUGGCAUGGUGGACGCUUUGCUGUUACACUACCUAUCCUUUGAUACCAUAAAAACCAAAUAUACCAUCCAGAACCUGAACAAGAAAA